UGCCAUCCCUUUUCUGCGCUGAUUCUAGUUUCCACCCGAGCUUUGGGGGCGGAGGCCAGUCCUGGGGGCCAGGUCCUCCGCACGCAGAGCCUGUCCAUGAACGCUUCGGCUUUGCUUCGCUUCCCUGCCACGCUGACCAGAACGUGCCCGUUGCUGUGGCUGCGCCGGCAUGGGGAGAAGCCAGCACUGCUGUCCCCAGGAACAGGGCUCCCUCCAGUCCAGACAGCAGGCAAGAGGGACCACCCUGCUCUGCCUCCCCUGGACGAGAGUGACCUCGAAGAGCAGUUUGUGAAAGGACAUGGUCCAGGGGGCCAGGCCACCAAUAAAACCAGCAACUGCGUGGUGCUGAAGCACGUCCCCUCCGGCCUGGUCGUCAAGUGCCACCAGACCAGGUCCGUGGACCAGAACAGAAAGCUAGCUCGGGAGAUCCUACGCAGGAAAGUGGACGUUUUCUACAACGGAGACAACAGUCUUGCCUACAGAGAAAAACGAGAGGCAGAGAAGAAAAAGCAAGCAAGGAAGAAGAGAGCAAGGGAAACCCUGGAAAAGAAGAAGCUGCUGAAGGAACUCUGGGGGUCCAGUCGAAACGCCCAGGAGAGCCCGGCAGGGGCGGACUAGGGCUGCGGGGGCCCAGCCCCUGGCGGCCCAGCCCGAGGCCGUCCCGGCGGCCGGAGAGCCCACGGCUUUGUGAGCGGCCUGAAGUGUGAGUAGAGAGGCACUUACGAGAAUAAGAGAGAAACGAGGAGGUCACGACUGGAGAGGGACGGUGGCUGUUUUGGGGGAGCAAAAGGGCCGUCGUGGCGAAGCAGCACUCGAGGGGCUGCUGGGGGGCUGACAGUUCCGUUUUGUGACCUGGGCAGGAGUUAGAAGGAUGUCGCCUUAUUUUUUUAAGCUGUUACGUGUGAAUUUCUGGCUUUAUUAUCAAGGGUUAGAAAUAGAAAUAAGUAUGACUGUGUUUUACAAGAUGUGUUUCUGUGGAGAACCAUGAAGUUGAAAGGAACAUGAGUGGCCUUCAGGGCCACCCGGUCACCUGCGGGGAGGUCAUGCUCGGGGAGACUGCGGUGGAGGUGAGCUUAACGUCAGGUCAAGACAAUAAAAGAGAAAACAAGCCCAGCUGGUGUGGCCCAGUGGACUGAGUG